CUACAUCAACGAAAGAGAGAGAGAGAGAGAAAGAAAUAAUGAAUGCGUCUAUGCGCAGUGUCUGUGCGCAGUAAGUCAGGCGAGCACCGCGUCCUGGUGGUGGUGUAGCUGGUGGUGUAGCUGGUGUAGCUGGUGGUGUUGUUGCCGCCAUAGCAGCCGCAGACGUCAUCGCCUCCGAUCCUUUCAGCACCGGACAGCGACCGGAGCCCCGCGCAGCCGCACGUACGGCGGUGCGGCCCUUUCUCGGGCGAGGGCGAUGCGCGUCUAGAUGACAUCACCACAGCCACUGGACUGAUUUAGCGGCGCCACACCCCCUCCUCCUCCUCCUCCUCCUCCUCCUCCUCCUCCCCCCCCAGCAGGCACCAUGGGGAACCGAGGCAUGGAGGAACUGAUCCCGCUGGUGAACAAGCUGCAGGAUGCCUUCAGCUCCAUCGGCCAGGCCUGCAACCUGGACCUGCCGCAGAUCGCCGUGGUGGGGGGACAGAGCGCAGGCAAGAGCUCCGUGCUGGAGAACUUUGUGGGCAGGGACUUCCUGCCCCGUGGGUCCGGCAUCGUCACCCGCAGGCCUCUGGUCCUGCAGCUCAUCAGUGCCAGUGCAGAGUGGGCCGAGUUUCUCCACUGCAAAGGGAAGAAGUUCACCGACUUCGACGAGGUGCGCCAGGAGAUCGAGGCGGAGACGGACCGAGCCACCGGCGGCAACAAGGGCAUCUCUCCCGUGCCCAUCAACCUACGCGUCUACUCCCCCAACGUUCUCAACCUGACUCUCAUCGACCUGCCGGGCAUCACCAAGGUGCCGGUGGGAGACCAGCCCGCCGACAUCGAGCAGCAGAUCAGGGAAAUGAUCAUGCAGUUCAUCACCAGGGAGAGCUGCCUGGUCCUGGCCGUCACACCUGCCAACUCUGACCUCGCCAACUCCGACGCCCUCAAACUGGCAAAGGACGUUGAUCCCCAAGGUCUGAGGACGAUCGGAGUCAUCACCAAACUGGACUUGAUGGACGAGGGCACAGAUGCCCGUGACGUGCUGGAGAACAAGCUGCUGCCUCUGAGAAGAGGCUACAUUGGGGUGGUGAACCGCAGUCAGAAGGACAUCGAUGGAAAGAAAGACAUCAAGGCAGCUCUGGAGGCGGAGAGGAAGUUCUUCUUCAGCCACCCGUCUUACAGGCACAUGGCGGACAAGAUGGGGACCCCCCGCCUGCAGAGGGUCCUCAACCAGCAACUGACCAACCACAUCCGAGACACCCUGCCAGCCUUCCGCAGCAAGCUGCAGUCCCAGCUGCUGGCUCUGGACAAGGAGGCGGAGGAAUACCGGGGAUACCGCCCGGAUGACCCGUCCCGCAAAACCAAGCAGCUCUUGCAAAUGGUGCAGCAGUUCUCCGUGGACUUUGAGAAGAGGAUCGAGGGCUCAGGAGACCAGGUGGACACGGUGGAGCUGUCGGGUGGAGCCAAGAUCAACCGCAUCUUCCACGAGCGCUUUCCCUUCGAACUGGUCAAGAUGGAGUGCGACGAGAAGGAGAUGCGUCGUGAGAUCAGUUACGCCAUCAAAAACAUCCACGGAAUCAGGUGGGGGAACCGGCAGAUGCUGGGGGUCUUGUGGGCAGACCUGCAUGUUGCCAUGGUGAAGCAGACUACUCUGGCCUCUGCUUGCUCGCUGAACGGAGCAAAACGCCGCAGGAUCUCUUUGAUGGUCUGGCCCUGUGGCAGGAAGUCAGCAGCCCUCACUCCCAGGAGCGCCGGCAACAUCAACAGUCUUGGAACUUUCCCCACACACCUUCUGCCAGAGUGGUCCAAGGAGUGGUCCAAGGAGUGGUCCAAAGAGUGGUCCAAAGAGUGGUCCAAGGAAUGGUCCAAAGAGUGGUCCAAGGAGUGGUCCAAGGAAUGGUCCAAAGAGUGGUCUAAGGAGUGGUCCAAAGAGUGGUCCAAGGAGUGGUCCAAGGAAUGGUCCAAAGAGUGGUCUAAGGAGUGGUCCAAAUAG